UCCGCCGUGGGGGGGGAGCGGGGGAGGACACACACAGACACACACAUAAACUGCCAACCCGGCGACGAGGUUGGGCCUGCGGUGCCUGCCUGCAACCCAGGAAACAUGGAGCUCGAGAAUAUCGUGGCCAACACUGUUCUGCUGAAGGCGAGAGAAGGAGGGGGUGGGAACAGAAAAGGCAAGAGCAAGAAAUGGAAACAGAUGCUUCAGUUCCCUCACAUAAGCCUGUGCGAGGAGUUACGUCAGACUAUAGAGAAAGACUACAACAGCCUUUGUGAGAAGCAGCCAAUCGGACGCUUGCUAUUCCGGCAGUUCUGCGACACCAGGCCGGAGUUGAGGCGCUGUGUCAAAUUUUUGGAUGCUGUGGCGGAGUAUGAAGUAACGCCGGAUGAAAAGAGGAAGGAGUGUGGACAGGAGCUCCUAGACAAGUACCUCAACCUGAAGUCAGAGGACUAUGUCCCUGAGGUAACAGAGGAGAUGGUGACUAAGUGUGCAGAACGCUUGCAACAGGAGGCAUGUAAAGAGCUCUUCAUGGAGUGCACCAAACUGAUCCAUGAUUUCCUGAGCAUGGCCCCCUUCGCAGACUACCUCGAUAGUAUGUACUACAGUCGCUUCUUACAGUGGAAAUGGCUGGAGAGACAGCCAGUCACAAAAAACACAUUCCGUCAGUAUAGGGUUUUGGGAAAGGGAGGCUUUGGCGAGGUCUGUGCAUGCCAGGUGCGGGCCACAGGGAAGAUGUACGCCUGUAAAAAGCUUGAGAAGAAACGCAUCAAAAAAAGGAAAGGAGAAUCCAUGGCUCUGAAUGAGAAGCAGAUUCUGGAGAAAGUCAACAGUCGGUUUGUUGUGAGUCUUGCGUACGCAUACGAGACAAAAGAUGCCCUUUGUUUGGUACUCACGCUGAUGAACGGAGGCGACCUGAAGUUCCAUAUCUACCACAUGGGAGAGGCAGGUUUUGAUGAGAAGAGAGCUGUGUUUUAUGCUGCUGAAAUCUGCUGCGGGUUAGAAGACCUCCAUCGUGAGAGGAUAGUAUACAGGGAUUUAAAGCCAGAAAAUAUACUACUGGACGAUCAUGGUCAUAUACGUAUAUCAGACCUGGGCCUGGCUGUGCAUGUACCAGAAGGUCAGACAAUCAAAGGACGUGUCGGAACUGUGGGGUACAUGGCCCCAGAAGUGGUGAAGAAUGAGCGUUACACAUUCAGUCCAGAUUGGUGGGCCCUCGGCUGUCUUCUGUAUGAGAUGAUUGAGGGCCAAUCACCCUUUCAACAGCGCAAGAAAAAAAUCAAGAGAGAAGAAGUGGAGCGGCUAGUGAAAGAGGUUGAGGAGGAAUAUUCCAGGGUGUUCUCAGAGGAUGCCAAAUCACUCUGUAAAAUGCUGCUAGCCAAAGACCCUAGUGAGAGGCUUGGCUGUCAGGGGGAUGGCGCCACAGAGGUGAAAGCCCACCCUAUUUUUCGUUCCAUCAACUUUAAGAGGCUUGCAGCAGGCAUGCUCGAAGCACCAUUUAUUCCAGACCCUCAGGCCAUCUACUGUAAGGACGUGUUGGACAUCGAACAGUUCUCCACAGUGAAAGGGGUGGAGCUGGAGCCCAAAGAUGACUCCUUCUACAGCAAAGUAUCAACUGGAAGCGUUCCCAUCCCCUGGCAAAAUGAGAUGAUAGAGACGGAGUGCUUUAAAGAACUCAACAUCUUGAAUUUUGAUGGCACUGUACCCCCUGACCUGGACUGGAGAGGUCAACCCUCACCCCCACCCAAACAGGGCUUACUGCAGAGACUCUUCGGCCGGCAGGAGUGCUGUGGAAAUUGCAGCGACAGUGAGGAGGAGCCCACACGGCUGUGAAGGCGUGGCCUGGCUGUGGCUCCUCCCCUACACCACUGAGGAUCUCAUUUGUUUACAGUUUUUGCACAUUUGUAUUUUUAAAAUAGCUCUAUAUAAACAUUGGAAUGUAUAUUUUCACUAUAUAGCCAUGCAGUGUAUCUUAUUUAAAGUCAUCAAAAUGAAAAGGACAUAUGUGUCCAAAUUAGUGUGACGUAGAAAGGACAGAUCAUUCAACACUGCUCAAAGUCUCAAAACCGGUUGACACAACCGAUCCUGUACUUUUCUUCAGUAUGUCUUGCAGCCUCUUUGCGCUUUUUUCUUUUUUUUUUUUUUUUUUUUUUUUGUUCUUGUACGAUUUCACACACAUGUACAGUAUGCACUCUGAACAUUUGUUUUAGAUGCGGGGAGCAAAGGAAAUUUGCUUUUGCAGAUAUUUUUAUAUUUAUAUUUUGAAUUUUAUUUUCUUAUGGUAAUCUCGACAAUCAAAUGACACCAUUUGUAUAAAACCGUGAUAAAUGUGCAUUAAUGGAAUUUAAAAAAAAACAAAAAAAAAAUCAGUAAGUGACUAUAAAACAGAGGGAAAUUUUAACAUCAUGAAUUCUCUACCAGAAGUCUCAAAUAUGUUAGGUUACUUAGCUAGAUGCCUAGAAAACCAAAUAGACGUGACUAAAGUGCAUAUAUGUACAAUAACAACUACAGACAGUUGUACAAUGUUGUAAAUAUGCGACACUCAUCUGUAAAGUCUACAGCGCGUCUUCCUGAUAAUUCUUUUCUGGAUAAUUAGGAAAAACAUCCUGAUAUAAUCCUGUGUGGCCCAUAUGUUACAAAAUGAGUUGAAUCACAAGGCAUUAUUUUCCAUUUACGAUAUAUUUCACAACAUGACUGGUAUAACAUGACACAGUAAUUUGUCAUUCCAGCUCUGAAGACCGAAAGACUUUAAUUAAGGCCUGUUUCACACUGCACACGUAAGCAGAGCGUAAGCAGCGCAUAUAUUUUGCUGGCGCUCAUGUUAACAGAUUUGAACAUUCACACUGGACGCUGAGGCGAUGCUGCAGUGCGUUGCAGAGCAGAAGGAGCAGUAUUUUUGGCCAAAAUAUGCAUGUCGACAUGAAAAAUGAAAAAAUUUACCAUAAAAGUGACGUCUACUGAGUUUUACACAGUCAUCAAAUGACUUUUAGCACUGCCAGGAAAAAAUGCAAUCCCUGAAAACGCAUGCAUGUUGGAGAGUAUCCCAGAACAUCAUCAACAUAAUCAGCAUUGUUUACAUUCAGCACAUGCAUGCUUUCACUGAACCAGUGCUGUUUAUGUUCAACAUGCGUACUCUUUCGGCUGAACCUAAACAACGCUCAUUACGUCAAUUUACAUUUUUGUACACUCACCAGAAUGGCAAAGUACUGUAACUCAAAUACGGUUCAGAAGAAUUGAUGAAUAAAUUACGUUAUUGUUUUCUUUGCGCACAAAAAGUAUUUUUGUAGCUUCUUGAACUAUCCCUUUAAGUUUUAUUUAUUCGACUGUAAACUAUAUUUAUAUGGUAUGUGUGGGAAGGGAAAACUGUAGCGUUACAGCAGAGCAUACUGACCAUUAUAAAUGAAAGCAUGUAACAAACAAACAUGGCAGCUAGUGGUCAGAGGAAUCUUCUUAAAACAAACAAAACUAGGGAAGACACUUAUUUUACCCAUUCUUGAUUAUUAUUAUUAUUUAUUUUUUUUAAUUUUUUUACUGCAGGAUACAAUCCACAAUUCAGAUGCCAGAGUGAAAACACAAUGAGCAUGUUCUGUUUUCUGUAGCUUUCGCACUUCUACAGCUCUGCUUAAGCAUCCAGUGUGAAACAAAAAUAAUACACGACUGAUGCUCAGCACGCCAUCAUCGGUUAACAGUUCAAUGUGCUAAUAGACAUUAAAAAUGUUAUUUAAUGUUUUAAAAGUAGAUAUGAGCAAUUUUAAUGGGCUGCAUAUCAUUUAAUUGCUGCUUUUUUAUACAUGGGUCAAACAAAAAUUAAUUUGCCAAAAAGAAAUGUUUUGUUAUGUAUUCCCUGCAAUCACAAUAAGCUCUUUACCGUUUCAGUUGCUUGGAAACAUGAUGUCUUGGGAACUAAAUUUGAUCUUGAUAGAUGCACUUAAGACCAAACCAGUUAAAUUUUUGCCCUCCAUCUUCAUAGAAGGUGCCUUUUGAAGUAUUAAGGUACAUCGUUAAGUAUUUUUAUUCAAAUGCCAUGUUUUUGAGUUAGCUUAGCAUUUUCUAUUUUCUUUGCUGUUGUUUUACCUCAGAUAUUACUGUGCCCUGUGGAUGUUUUUUUUUUUUUGUUUCAAAACUUGUGAAUUGUAAUGUUGGACACCAUAGUAAAUCGCAAAAAGCUUUGGGACUUUGUAUUGAAGCCUAGCUGAAUGCGUAACACCGGUGACCGGCCAACUCAAGGGUCUGUAAAACAGGAAGUCCAUGGAAAGACCAUCAGCUAAUGAAAUGGUGGCUCCUUGACUGUCAUCACAUUUCUCAUCCAUCUGCAGUUUACGUUAAUUCUCUUGGAUAAACUCAAACACAUUCCAGUCUCUGUACAGUUGUAAAUUUGAUUUUAGAUUUUUUUUUUUUUUUUUUUUUUUUUUUUUUUGUUUUAUUUUAUCUUUUCGUUUGUUUAGCAAUAAUGGAUUUUAUAGGUAUAACUACUAUAUAAAUGUGUAUAAAUUGAUAACAUUUUGAAUCUAGAGCGAGACGGAACUUAGUUUGACUCAAUGUUUUCCUGAGCCAGGCUUUUAACACUGUGAAGUGAUCAUUUCUGUCACAGUUGUACAUUGUUUGUUUCUUUUGUGCAAUGCACUGGUAUUUUCCUUUUGCAAAUUUAUAACUGUUUAUGUACAGAAAGUGUGCCUAAAUGCUGUAUGUCUGAGUGUAUGUGUGCUUCUACCCGCACUGCAUGUGUCCAUGUUUUUUACCAUAACCACUAGUGAAUGCCUUUUUCUUUUUUUUUUUUUUUUUU